CGAGUCCGGUCUUGAGAUCACUAGUGCGCCGUAAUCGCGUUACUUUGAACGUAACAUUUGUCCAGGAUGAAGCUGGCGUUAAUUCUUCUUUUCUGCGUCGUUGCCAGCCAAGCUGAUGAUAUAGCAUCAGCUGCUGGCCAGAUCUUCAACAGCAUUCUCCCUAACCUGAUAAGUAAUUCAGUCACUGGUCAACAAGGUAACACCGCUACGAACACCUUGCAGCAAAUCGGUACCGUUGUGGGUGGGGUCGUCGACUACGCCAAGAAGAAGAGUUACGAAGAAAUGUUACGCCAAGUACAAGACUCCACUAGUGACGAAGACCUGCUUCGCGUCAGCGAGGAAAUGUUUAAUGCGGACGUCAAUAAUGCAUUCAACUACAUCCAGGUCAAUUUGCAAGGCAAAACCAGCCCCAUGUCUAAGAACGACGAAGCGCAAACACACCUCCUGAACGUGCCAGAGAAUGUUUGGAAUGGACCAACUAUCCGACCGUUCGUGGCGCUUUUUGACAAUUAUCACAAAAAUGUUAUACGACCAGAAUUCGUGACACCUAAUGAGGAAACGGAGCAGAUAACAUUUAUCAAUACUAUACUAGCGACGGGACCCAUGAGGAGUUUAAUGUCUUUGCUCGUCAGUAAAGGACUCAAUCAAAUGAACGAGUACAAUGAACAAGUUGAAUUAUUGAAGAAGAUCUGGUUCACGAAGUACGCUCGACACUGGACCGGUCUGUGCAAGUGUAGCUGUGCCUUCGAAAAUAUCUUCAUGGCUGAACUCAAGUCCAAUGAUGUUUUAGGUUUACACAGCUGGUUAUUCUUCGCAAAACGCGAGCUCGACAAUAAAGCCAACUAUUUGGGAUACAUUAACAAACUCGACCUUUCCGGAAAAGGGAUGAUUCUAAAACAACACUCGGUUCUCAGCGAAACGAAGGACGCGCCGGAAAUAACAAUGUUUGUGGGGACUUCCCCCGAGCUUGAAGUAGCUUUGUACACGCUGUGCUUCAUGGCGAGACCAAACCGUCCCUGUAAUCUGCGCUACAAUAAUAUCCCAUUCAGCAUUCAAACAAAAACAAUAAAGGCUGAAAACCUCGUGGUCAUUGACACCGCAUAUCCAGUUUUUUAAGUUCCAAAUUUGAAAUCACAGAUUAUGUUAGCCAUAGUCGCAGAUUACAUAUCUUUAUUAUUGACAUCUGUUAAUAAAUAAAUAAAACUGUAAAUCAUU